AUGUCUGUUCCAAGCCAACACCAUUCUACUAUUAUUAACCCUCCUCCACCAGAAUAUAUAAAUAACAAAAAUAGCGGCUGUCAAACAAACCAACUUCAGUUCUUACAGAGAGUGGUCAUGAAAGCCAUGUGGAAACACAACUAUUCCUGGCCGUUUCACCAGCCUGUAGAUGCAGUAGCACUGAAUCUUCCUGAUUAUUACAGUAUUAUAAAGAAACCUAUGGAUUUGAGCACCAUCAAAAAGCGUCUGGAACACAAUUACUACACAAAAGCUGCAGAAUGCAUUGAAGACUUUAAAACAAUGUUCUUGAACUGCUACAUAUAUAACAAGCCAGGUGAUGACAUUGUAUUUAUGGCCCAAGAACUAGAAAAAGUAUUUAUGCAGAAAAUAGUCCAAAUGCCACCAGAAGAAAGACUAGUGAUUCUAAACAAAGGAAAGAGAAAAGGAAAGAAGUUGGAAGAACCCCAGCAGCCCAACCCUGGGACUUCAAAUGAACAAGGUAGAAUGCAGAAACAAGCUGAAAGCAGCGAGCAGCCUCCGGUGAUGACUCAAGAUCUACAGCAGGUUACACCAGGUCCUUUGCCUGCAGCUCAGCUGACCACUUUAAUGCCAACUGCAGUCGCUAUAAAAAAAGCAAAAAAAUGUGCGAAAAGGAAGGCUGACACAACAACUCCUACUACUUCAAUAUUCACAGCGAGCAGUGACUCUUCUGCAACAUUUAAUGAAAGAAAAGCUGUUCAAGCAUGCAGAGGUGAAAAUGAGCAUAUGACACCAAAUAAGCUUCUGAAGAGACACUUGCCAGAUUCUCAACAGUCACCUCAUAUUCCUAAUAAGAUUCAGUUGUCAGAACAACUAAAACAUUGUAAUGAAAUACUUCAAGAAAUGUUUUCAAAGAAACAUGCAGCAUAUGCGUGGCCUUUCUUAAAACCUGCAGGCGUUUCAUCUUUCUCACUUUGUGAGAAGCAAGGGAUCACCAAAUGUCCUACAGACCUGGGAACCAUUAAAAAGAAAAUGGAUAAUUAUGAAUAUAAUGAUAUACAAGAAUUUGCUGCGGAUGUUAGAUUAAUGUUCAUGAGCUGCUACAAACAUAAUUCUCCAGACCAUGAAAUAGUUGCUAUGGCAAGAAAACUUCAGGAUGUUUUUGAGAGGCACUUCACCAAAAUUCCUGAUGAACAUGUUGCAAGUGUUCCUCUGCCACAGCCUACAAGAGAAAUGACAGAAGCUUAUUCCAGUGAGAGCAGUAAUGAUGACUCUUCAGAAAAAAAAUCACCUGAAGAUUCUAAAGAGGAGAGAACAGUGCACCUUGCAGAGCUUCAGGAGCGACUUAAAGCUGUUCACCAGAAAUUGCGGGCUUUGACCGGAGCAUACUUACCUAGACUGAAAAAGAAAGAAGGGAAGUCUGAAAGGGAGAAAAUCAAGGAAAAAGCUAAAAAAGAAAGCCUGAUUCAAAAGAAGAAAAAUCUAAAACACAAGAAGAAAUCUAGGAAAAAGUUGUCUUUAAGCAUUCAAUCAAAGAAAACCACGCAGCAGGUCUUUUUGGCACAUAAGUCAGAAGAUGAAGAUGGUGCCAAGCCUAUGAAUUGUGAUGAAAAACAACAGUUGAGUUUGGACAUAAAUAAACUCCCGGAAGGUAAGCUUGGGAAAGUAGUCCAUAUAAUACAGUCAAAAGAACCUUCACUGAGGAACUCUAACCCUGAUGAGACAGAAAUAGACUUUGAAACUUUAAACGCUUCAGUACUCAGAGAACUAGAGAAAUAUGUGGCAACCUGUUUGAGGAAGACACCAAGAAAGCAGCAGGCUAAAAACGCAACAAAGUUCAAAGAACAACUUAAUUCUGAGAAGAAACAAGAGCUAGAGAAGAGACUACUGGAUGUCAGUGGGCAACUAAACCCACAGAAGGAGAACUUAAAGUUUGAAAACAAUGCUGAGUCCAGUAUUGGACCAAGCAGGCUGAGCGACAGCAGUGACAGCAGCAGCUCCUUGGACUCUGGCAGUAGUACUAGUAGUGGCUCUAGCUCCUCAGAUAGCAGUGACUCUGAAUCAGACCUUACUUACAUGGAGAUGUCAAAUCUGCUGUUUGUUAAAAGUAGCUUAUGUAUCCGUAUAGAAACGGAUGUACUGGGAGAACUGCUGAGGCUUUUGCCUCUUACAGUCAUUGUGAGAAUACCACUGCCUUUACAGAGGAGAUCCUGCGAUGUGCUGCAAGCACAGCCCUCAUCACUCACCACUAGCUUGCCAAAUCAUGGAUCAUCUGAACUGCAGCAGCCACCUCCCAAUGUACUGCAGAGGCUUCAGCCUUUACAGAAUAGAUCACUUAAACAAGCAGAACAAAAUUCCCAGUCUUCCUCAGGUAUAAACUUGGCUGUAUCUCCUCUGUGUGAUGUGCCAGACCAGCAACUUCCUCAGAGUACUCCAAGGACAGCUCAGCCUUCUGUCACAUUCAUUUUAGAACUGGAUACUCAGAGCAACUCAUUGAAUUUUGUAGAGAAUCCCACUGUGUCAGGCAUUUCUGAUACAGGAUUUAAGAAUAUAAAUUCCUGGGUAAACUUCUGUAAAAUGAUGACACUUCCGGCUCCGAUAAAAGCAUCUGCUGACGUGUUCAAACAGUUCAGGAAAGUAGCAUUAAAGAAGAAGAGUGAGCAAGCACAGGAGUUAAAAAGGGGCCAUGAAGGCCCAGGACUGGAUGCCAUGGCAGCAACAGACUGUGAGCUCCAAAAGGAGCAAAAGAGCAAACAACUGCCCCAAGUUCAACAACAGACUCCUCUUGAAGACCGUAACUUGGCUAGAAAAAUGGCACAAGAACGCAGGAGGAGAGAAGUAAUGGCUUCCACAUUUGAUAUUUAUCUGCAGCGUGAUAUUAUGUCAUCUUUUGAAGAAUCUCUUAAGGGAAACCUGUAG